AUGCAGAGUUUCAAUGGAACCUCUGUGGUUACCCACUUCAUUUUGGUGGGCUUCUCCAACCUGAAGGAGCUUCAGCUGCUGCUUUUUGUCCUCUUUCUCCUCCUGUACUUGACAAUCCUGGUGGCCAAUGCAACCAUAAUGGCAGUCAUCUGCUUCAGUCACACUCUGCACACACCCAUGUAUGGGUUCCUUUUUAUCCUUUCCUUUUCUGAGUCCUGUUACACCUUUGUCAUCAUCCCUCAGCUGCUGGUGCACCUGCUCUCAGCCACCAAGAUCAUAUCCUUCAUGGCCUGUGCUACACAACUCUUUUUCUUCCUUGGCUUUGCCUGUACCAACUGCUUCCUUAUUGCUGUAAUGGGCUAUGAUCGCUAUGUGGCAAUUUGCCACCCACUGCGUUACACACUCAUUAUGAGCAAGUCUCUGGGCUUGGGGUUGGUUUCUCUAUCAACAGUAACCGGCUUCUUAAUUGCUUUGGUGGCCACUAACCUCAUCUGUGAGAUGCCUUUCUGUGGCCCCAAUAGGGUCAACCACUAUUUCUGCGACAUGGCACCUGUCAUCAAGCUGGCCUGCACAGACACCCAUGUAAAGGAGCUAGUUCUCUUCAGCCUCAGCAUCCUGGUCAUCAUGGUGCCAUUUGUGCUAAUUCUCAUUUCCUAUGGCUUUAUUGGGAACACCAUCAUUAAGAUACCCUCAGCUGAAGGCAAAAGAAAAGCCUUUGCCACCUGUGCUUCUCACCUCACAGUGGUCUUUGUCCAUUAUGGCUGUGCCUCUAUUGUUUACCUCCGACCCAAAUCUAAGUCAGCGUCAGACAAGGAUCAGUUGGUGGCAGUGACAUACACUGUGGUCACUCCCCUACUUAACCCAUUGGUCUACAGUCUGAGGAACCAGGAGGUAAAGACUGCUCUAAGGAGACUUCUGAGAAUGCCUGUGGCUACCAAGGAGAAUUAA